GACAGCCCAGCACCACCGUCACGGAGAUGAAGAGCAGCGGCAGCUACUGGUGACCGUCUACGUUCAUUCCGGCACUUGUGACGGACCGGGAGCGCACCUGACUCGGAGUCCAGUACCUGAUUAUGACGAAGCUGAUGAGGAGUCGGCACAGGGAGACACCAGAGGAUGGAGACUUGCAGCUUCUUUGGGGGACAACUGAGUGAUGGGAGCAGCAAGAACCACAGUGCUCCGCUCUGGAUGGGCCACUCCGCCGCUGCCUCUGUGCAACUGGAAAUGCUGGCCAGCAAGCCAUUCAGAGCCAUGGACCUGCUGGGCACUGGCCUUAUGGCACUCAUUGGGAUCGUUGCCAUCCUGGCUAACCUGGCUGUGGUGAUGGUCACCUUUAAAUCUCCACAGCUAAGCAAAUUUGCCUUUGUGUGCCACUUGUGUGUGGUGGACCUCCUGUCUGCCAUCUUGCUCAUGCCCCUUGCCGUUGUUUCCAGUUCGCCACUUUUCCGUGACACAGUGUUUGGCUUCCCAGAGUGCCAGAUCUUCAUCUUCUUAAAUGUCUGCUUGAUAUGUGCGUCCAUCCUUACUGUCACCGCCAUCAGCAUUGAGAGGUAUUAUUAUAUCAUCCAUCCGAUGAGGUACGAGGUGAAGAUGACCUUCCGGCUCGCUGUCACCAUCAUCAUUUUCAUAUGGAUAAAGUCGGUUUUAUUGGCUUCUGUUCCUUUGCUGACUUCUCCGGCUUCCAAAAGUCAAAAUGGCACAAACGCCAAUCACUGUCCCUUGGACUGGCGCUCCACCGAUUACAGGAGAGUUUUCAUUGUGGCCUUCAGCAUCUUUUGCUUCUUCUUGCCAGUUGUAAUCCUCACGGUCGUCUAUUACAGUAUCUUCAAGGUGGCGAGACUGGCAGCUCAGCAGUGCCGCCCUUUUCCUUCCUGGGCAUCUGCCCCAAAGACUCGCUCAGACUCCAUCAACAGCCAGACAACCAUCAUUGCCAGACGGAGCUUCCCACACCGACUGUCUGCAGAGCGAGUCCUAGGGAGCAGUAAGGCGGCACUCACCUUGGUCAUCACUGUGGGACAGUUCCUGCUGUGCUGGUGCCCCUACUUUACCAUGCACCUCCAUUCCCUCAUGGCUGGCGAGUCCAGAGUCCCAGGCAGUGUGGAGACGGCCACCCUCUGGCUGGCGUAUUCCUCCUUUGCCCUGCAUCCUUUUCUCUAUGGACUGUUGAAUCGGCAGAUAAGACAGGAACUGGCAAAGCUCAGGCGAUGCUACGUGUCUGAUCCAUCAGAGCUAGGCCUGCCCAGCCGUGAAGGCUCCGUCCACGAGAACGUCCAUCAGUUCUUGCAAAGGUCUGGCUGCAUGGCUGAAGCUCAGUCGAGCUGUGCCACCGUCAGCCCCGGGAUCAACGGUACAUGGGAUACACAGAGGGUUCGGAUUCCCGGUCAGAUCCCGGAGGAGUUCAUUUAAAACACGGUGGCAUCCCAUGGGCCUGAUGAGGAGAUCAGCCAGCACUGUAGAAGUUUGGGAGGGCAAGGUCUGAGCUUGGGUGGGGGGGAUUGGCCUGCAGGGGCUGCAUCCUUUAAAAAGGACAAGUUGGUGAUGGCAAAGGGAACGGAAAAUGGGCGUCGGGGAAUUUGUAGGCAAAGGCUUUUGACGCCAAGCAAUAAGAAAUGUUUGGAAUGAGAAACUGUGGAAACGGGGCUGGUGUUUGAUUAAUUACAAGACAUGGGGGGCACAGGGGGGCAACUGAAAUCAAACAAAGUCUCCAAGGCAGGACUUCUGACUCUGGGUGUCGUGUCAUGCAAGAGGCACCAAGAAUACCGAGAUGAGAUCCCCUGAGAUCAUCGGGCCAGAUUACUGAGGUGGCCUCUCUGGUAAAUUAAAGUCUUUAAAAUCUACAAUAUAGUGCCUUUCACGUCUAUCUGUCUAUCUAUUAUAUAGCGCCUUUCACUUCUAUC